AUGUCACAGAUCAAAUGCGACGAAACGAGACCGUCGUGCCGACAAUGUGCUACCCGUGGUCAAGAUUGUGGUGGAUAUCGCUUACAUGUCCGAUGGUCCACCAAGCACGAGAGUCGUCCAGUUCACCGGGCGAAACACCAGUCUUCGCCUACAUGGCUUUACACAGCUCGAAAAUCACAGCCUGCCCAGUGCCGACAGCUUCCUGCAGAGCCUGAUGCUACCCCCGCGUAUCCCGCUCUGUCAGAAUCGGAAUCGCAACUCACAUCAACAACCGCAUGCAGCAGCAGCUCCGCCGACGCUCCUUUUGACUGCCCAAGAGACGAGACAAGGUCUGUCUUGGAUCUGGGACUGCUCGGACUUGUGAGUCGUUUAGCGUGGGAUCCGUUCAACACCAGCAGCAGCAGCAGCAAUAGCGCCAUCGAUGGAGACUGGACACACGCCGGACCUACAGCGUUUUCCGGAUGGGAUAGCGAUGAGCCAGCCCCCAACAACGAGGACACGGCUCUUUACGACACAGAAGUCACUUGGAGUACGGUUUCACAAGAAUCAACAGCUUUUUCGGAUGACUCGGGCUGUUUCGACACUGAUCUAGACGCAAGGCAGCCAUUGGUUCCAAUCUCCACCGUCGCCCACGGGCCAUACAUGAUGGUUGAAUACUGGUUUCGCGAUAUUUGCCCCCUUUGGUCCCAGUACGAUUCCGAAUCCAAUUUCAAUCGUACUAUAGCUGCCGCCCUUUGGUCCAACUGCGAAGCCGUACAGCUCAGCCUUCAGGCCAUGUCUACAGCCUACUUGGCUUCCAAGGUCCCAACCAUGAAGGACAUGUCUUUUUCAAUGAUGAAGGCUGCUGCCGAGGUGAUCACAGCGGAUCUACAUACUAUAAACUCACAUCAGCUAUUCGAUACCGUCCCUGUAGGAUUGCUCUACUCAUUACUCUGCAUCGGAACAAGUAUCUGCUGGCUCAACGCCGGCCAAUUGGGAUUGCCAUUCUUGAGCGAGGCUAAAGCCUUGCUAUACAAUAUCAACCAGCACUCGGAUUCACUACCUGCCGACCAGCGCCAACUCUUGCAAUUCUUCAACAAAAGCUGGCUCUACGUCGAAAUGCUCCUAUCCAUGGUCCUCUCAAACUGCAAGAGCCUACAAGCUGUCGAGGGGAUUGGCGAGGCGGAUGUACGGACAUGCAUAGGCCCAGACUUGCCUCUUGUACCCGUUGAUGAUUUCCCGCACCCCUGGACCGGCAUAUGCAGUACGAGUCUCCGACUUUUCACGCGCACCAUGAAAUUGUGUCACAGAUUUCGCCAUGCCGCUCGUACUCGGGCUACGUUCGCUUCUGCGCAUGUCACCUCGGCCAUGAGGUUGAUGGAACAAGCUACAUCGGUUGAGGAGCAAUUACUUGCCCUGGAUCUCAGUCAUCUCGAGACAGGAGGGAAGACGGACGACAGCAAAACACCCAAUCAACAUCUUGUUAGGGUAGGGGAGGCUUACCGCCAAGCCGGCCUGCUACAGCUGUACCAGACCUUCCCGGAUCUUCUCGUCGCACGUUAUAGCCUCCAGACGACUGCGGAAAACAACGCCCACUUCCUAUGGCAUACCUGGAUUACACCCAUAGCUCUACAGCUCGUCACUCUCUUGAAGGGCCUUCCAGGAUACUCUGGAAGUAAAAUGACACAACCUCUGCUCUGCAUCACUGCCAGUAGUGGGUUGAGGUUACAGCGCCCACUCACCCAACGGGUACGUCAGUCGCAAACGGCAGACUCCUCGGACAAACACAUUGAGCAUCAUGACAUGCUUCAAUAUAUUGAAAUCUCUCGCGAAAACAGUGAGCGGGAGCAUGAGGAACAGGUCCAGGAGGACGCAGAAUCAACUGUACUCAGUGCACGACAAUUUAUUCGAGAUCGUUUGAAGCUGCUUAAAACUGUUCUACCUUCAAAGCCAGUCUUAGUAGCUGAAGAACUUGUCGAAGCUAUUUGGAGGGCCUACGAUGGCGAGCACUCGUUGGAAUAUGCCACUCAUUGGAUUGAUAUCAUGGAACGAGAAAAUUUGAAAUCCAACUUUGCUUAA